AUGGAUGCCUACUUCAAAAAGCUUUCGCAGCCCUUUUUUGCCAGAGCUGGAGUCAGGGAAAGGGUGGAUGUGCGGAUAGGCGCAGCGCUGGACCAAAUCAAGGGCAUGGUGCGAGACAAUGAGCAGCCUUUUGAUCUCAUCUUUAUCGAUGCGGACAAGACGGGAUAUCACGACUACUACGAGACCAUCAUCGGAUCUGGGUUGCUCGCAAAGGGUGGCGUCUUGCUGGUCGACAAUACACUCUACAAGGUGAGUGUGAGCUUGCCGCAUUAGGCAUGACGUGCAGCUCGUGCCGCAAGUGCUGACCCAAUUUCAUACAGGGCCUGCCAUUCACCCCGGACCUCGACAAGGCCAGUCCGGAGCUUUUAGGCCGUUUGCAAAUCAAUCAAGAGUAUGGCACCGCGCUCAGAAAGUUCAAUCAGCAUGUAGCGCAGGAUCAGAGGGUCGAAGCUUCCAUCCUGCCCAUCCGAGAUGGUGUCACGUGGAUCGUCCAACGGCAGGAAAAGUGA